CAAAAUUAGAGGACAUAAAUGUCAACUUAAGCCAGAGCUAAAGAGCACACAUUUAUGUAUUAUGUGGGAAAAAAAAUUCAUCUCUCUCCAAUCUUCAAAUCAUAAAUAGGUGAGAAAGAGCCCUUUUGGCCAUUCAAAAAAAAUGGCCUUCUCACUGCAUCUCCAACAAAUCUUCCUUUCAUCCACUACAUUUUCCUCCCAACCUAAAUCUCAAAUCUUCCCAAAUUUGAUAAAAAAAACUUCCAUUCCUCCACUUAUCGUCAAGAGCUCACUUAAUGCUUCGGCUUCGACUUCGGCUGCUGAGAAGGAAAUCCGGUUGCCUCCAGAGCUGAGUCGAGAACUGAUGCCUAAACAUGUAGCGGUGAUAAUGGACGGCAACAGAAGGUGGGCUAAGAAUAGAGGACUGCCAGUUGCCUUAGGUUAUGAAGCCGGUAUUCGAUCUGUUAGGAAGCUUGUUGAGCUGUGUGGAAACUGGGGAAUUAAUGCUCUUACUCUAUUUGCUUUUUCCUCUGAAAAUUGGUCACGUCCUAAAGUGGAAGUUGAUAUUUUGAUGGGCUUGUUCGAAAAAAUGCUGAAAAGUGAACUUGAAACUUUAGCCAGCGCAGGGAUUCGACUGUCCAUAAUUGGGGACUCCAGUAAGCUCCCCAAGUCAUUGCAGGACUUGAUAGAAAAAGCUGUAAAGACCACUGAGGAAAAUUCUCGACUUCACCUCCUUGUUGCAGUUAACUAUAGUGGACAGUAUGAUGUUGUACAAGCUUGUCAAACCAUUGCUCAAAAAGUGAAGGAUGGCAUUAUCGAACCCGAAGACAUCAGUAGUUUCCUAGUAGAGCAGGAGUUACAAACGAACUGUACUGAUUUCCCAUGUCCUGAUUUACUUAUAAGGACUAGUGGGGAGCUAAGACUUAGCAAUUUCUUACUCUGGCAGUUGGCCUACACUGAACUCUACUUUUCUAAUGCACAAUGGCCUGAUUUUGGAGAAGCUGAAUUUUCGGAGACUUUAUGUUCCUUUCAGCAAAGGCAGAGGCGCUACGGUGGACAGGAUUCCUAGCUUUUAUCCCAUGAAAUUUUGGAUCAACUGUGACGCUUAACAAGCGUUAUAAAAAUGGUUGAAGGUCAGUUCUUAUGAGAAACAAGUUUGGGAUAUGUUAAUAUAUAUAGAAUUUAUUUUUACUAGUGUAUAUAGCCAUAUUUAGGCAGGGGCAUAUUUAGUUGGAGGCUAUGGUUCACGUGAACUUAUGCUCCUCUUCCGAGGCCUUGACCAUAUGUAGAAAUGUCAUAUUUAUACAAAAUUACCUCAAUAUGUAUACAUGCACCCAAAGUCAAAGUGUCCUAUGGUGCAAUUAUUAUUGAGUACACCUCUGCAAGUGAAAUUGACGGUUUAAACUCCAAGCAUGCCUUGUAAUUGGGUGCAUCUCUACAAGUAAAUUGACUGUUCAAUUAUUCCAA